AUAGUGCCGCAUCGGAGAGGAAGGGGGAAGGAAAGUGGAUAAAGAAACCCGGUGUCCUCUCCUCGCUUUGCUUUACCCUACGCCGCCUCCUUGUCGUCCCAUCUCUUCCUGGGGAUCUAUCUGAUCGGGAGGCCUGAUUCGGUGGCGCUGGAAUCGGGACCGUCGCCAAGGGCCUAAGCGAUGCCGAGCCGGAGCGCGAGGACUUGUCUUUCUGUCGCCUGUUCCCGCUGGUCGUCUAGGUUUUAGAAGAAUUGAGGCGUGUGGGGACGGUUGAAGAGGGUGCCGUGAAGGAGGAAGUGGGGUGCAUGAGGGAUUUGGUUGGGGAGUGGAGAUGGGCGCGUAGGGAUUGCAGGCUAGUGAUUCGGAGCAGGUGCCGCUGGGGUAAAUGCGGUUGAACUUGAUUCGCGUUCUCGCUUUACUCAAUUGAUUCGAGUUGGUUCUUUUCUCCUUUCCGGAGUUGGAAUCGAAGGAAGUUACUAAGUUUGCCCAGUUUCUGGGGAAGGGAAAGUGAAGGAUCUCGUGGUGGAGAAGAAAUUCGAGCACUAGAAGGAACUAAGUCGUAAAAGAUGCAGCAAGAUCAGCGUAAAAAGAAUGCAACAGAUAUGGAAUUCUUCCGAGAAUAUGGAGAUAUCAGUCGGUACAAGGUUAAGGAAGUCAUAGGUAAAGGCAGUUAUGGACUGGUAUGUUCUGCCAUCGACACACAUACUGGGGAAAAGGUGGCUAUCAAGAAGAUACAUGAUAUUUUUGAGCACAUUUCUGAUGCUGCUAGGAUACUUCGAGAAAUUAAGCUUCUUAGGCUUCUAAGUCAUCCUGACAUUGUUGAGAUCAAACACAUCAUGUUGCCUCCAUCUAGAAAGGGCUUCAAAGACAUAUAUGUUGUCUUUGAACUAAUGGAGUCGGAUCUUCAUCAAGUUAUAAAAGCUAAUGAUGACUUAACCAGAGAGCACUAUCAAUUUUUUCUUUAUCAACUUCUUCGCGCAUUAAAAUAUAUCCACACAGCUAAUGUUUAUCAUCGAGAUCUAAAACCAAAGAACAUACUGGCAAAUGCGAACUGUAAGCUUAAAAUAUGUGAUUUUGGUUUAGCAAGAGUUGCAUUCAAUGAUACACCAACGACUAUAUUCUGGACGGAUUAUGUUGCAACCAGAUGGUAUAGAGCUCCAGAACUAUGUGGGUCAUUUUAUUCUAAGUAUACCCCUGCUAUUGAUAUAUGGAGCAUUGGUUGCAUUUUUGCUGAGAUCUUGAUUGGAAAGCCUCUUUUUCCGGGUAAAAAUGUGGUUCACCAGCUGGAUUUGAUGACUGAUCUUUUGGGAACACCCACCUUAGAUACCAUUUCUCGGGUGCGCAACGAAAAGGCAAGGAAGUAUUUAAGUAGUAUGAGGAGAAAACAACCAGUUCCCUUUUCUCAUAAAUUUCCAAAUGGUGAUCCUAUGGCACUUAAAUUGUUGGAGAAGCUUUUGGCAUUUGACCCUAAAGAUAGGCCAUCGGCGGAAGAGGCACUAGCUGAUCCUUAUUUUAAAGGACUGUCUAAAUUGGAAAGAGAGCCUUCAUCUCAACCAAUUUCAAAGAUGGAGUUUGAGUUUGAGAGACGGAGAGUAUCAAAAGAAGACAUUAGGGAACUUAUUUUCCGUGAAAUACUGGAGUAUCAUCCACAACUUCUCAAAGAGUAUAUUAGUGGAACUGAAAGUUCAAAUUUCCUUUAUCCGAGUGUUCUUGAUCAAUUCAGAAAGCAGUUCUCUUACCUUGAGGAAAAUAGUGGUAAAAAUGGAUCAGCAGCUCCUUUAGAGAGGAAACAUGCUUCUCUCCCCCGACCAUCUGUGAUGCACUCUGCUGCAGUUUUCACAAAGGAGGAACCAAGGGUGUCUUUAUCCAGAGGCAGGCUAUCGACCGACGAAGGUACCGGAGAACUGCCAAGAAAUUUAGCUAGCACUUCGCUGUUGCCUCAGUGUGUUCCAGUAGCUAAACCUGGGAGAGCCGCAACUCCAGCGAUGCAGUGUGAUGGUGGACCAAGCCAUGUCUUUUCACAUCAACCUGGGAUUCCUCUUGCCUAUUCUUUCCAUAGAAGCGCUGGCAAUGUAGCUUCCUCAGAGAGGAACUUGGAAGCAGAUCAAAGACCACCUCAAUCUAUGUUGCGAAAACUGGCACAGCCUCUCAAUCAAUCAAGAGGAACCAAAGCUUUAAUAGUCGAAGACAGAAUGUCCGUAGACGUGAACUUACUGCCUCCAUAAUUUACAGAAUGCAUUCUCUAUUCGAAUGUGUUGUGCAGCGACAGUUUGGUAUAUGAUGGAUGAAUUAUGGCAUUUGCCUGUUUAUGUUAUUUUGCAAAUAAAACUACUAUUUUGUGAUUUCCGUUACGAUGUCAACUGUCCAGGUGUUCUUGAGAAAUAUUAAUAACCUCAUGAAGCUGUACAUACGUUUUGAGUACUAACUUGUCUAAUAGAUGAGUUCAUAUUUAGUUGUUUUUA